AUGGUCGGAGAAGGCUACCCCGUGAAGUGCUCUGGCUUCCUCCUGGCCAAGGAGCUCGACUACUUUGCCAAGGUGGUGGACGCGCCCACCAGGCCGGUGUGCGGCAUCCUCGGCGGAGCGAAGGUCGCCGACAAGAUCCAGCUGAUCAUGAACCUCUUGGACAAGGUUGACAUCAUGAUUAUCGGAGGAGGCAUGGCUUUCACCUUCAUCAAGGAGGCCGGUGUGGACAUCGGCAACUCCCUCUACGACGAGGAGGGUGCCAAGCUGGUGCCGGAGAUCAGGAAGAAGGCCGAGGAGAAGGGCGUGGAGCUCAUUUUGCCGGUGGACUUCGUGUGCUCCUCCAAGUUCGGGGAUGACGGAGAGAUCCAGGAAGGUGACAUGAGCACCGGGGUUCCUGAGGGCUUCCUGGGCCUCGACAUUGGCCCCAAGUCCAUCGAAAUGAACGACGAGGCCAUCAAGAAGUCCAAGACGAUCGUCUGGAACGGUCCGAUGGGUGUCUUCGAGAUGGAGGCUUUCGAAAAGGGGACGAAGCAGAUGAUGGAGACCAUCGUGUCGGUCACGAAGGACGGCGCCGUCUCCGUGAUCGGUGGUGGGGACACCGCCACCGCCUGCAAGAAGUAUGACACUGUUGACAAGGUCUCUCACUGCAGCACUGGUGGCGGUGCAUCCCUGGAGCUUUUGGAGGGCAAGCUCCUCCCGGGCGUGGCUGCGCUGGAUGAUGCGUAG